AUGCCGCUCACCCUCCAUCAUAUGGGUCUUUCCCAGUCCGAGCGCAUCAUUUGGCUCGCUGAAGAACUUGGACUGGACUACAAAUUGGUUCAUCACAAGAGGGACCCUCUUUUUGCUCCCAAAUCUAUUAAAGAUCUUCAUCCCGCCGGUACGGCUCCGGUCAUGGAAGAUGACCCGUCUCCCGUCACUCAAUCUCGCGUAGUGCUCGCGGAAUCGGGCGCUAUUGUCGACUACAUCAUCGCGGUACACGGAAAAGGCCAGCUUGCACAGACCCCACAAGAUGGUGUCGCGUACCCGAGCUAUCUCGAAUGGUACCACUUUGCCAACGGGUCCCUCCAGCCAGCCAUGUUGCGCUUGUUCUCUUCCCGAAUGUCCGGCGCGGAUCCCAACUCGCCGACCGUGGCAAUGAACGCGAAGAAAUGGGAACAUCUCCUCUCCAUGGUGGAGAACAGGCUCGCAGAGACAGGAGCUUAUCUGGCCGGCGACAAGCUGACGGCGGCAGAUGUUAUGACGGUGUUCACUUUGACUACAAUGAGAGGCUUUUGUCCCGUGGAGUUCGACACGAAGAACCACGCGAGUGUUCUGGCAUACUUGAAGCGUAUUGGCGAGCGACCGGCGUAUCGCAAAGCCAUGGAGCUCUGUGAGGGCAAGGACUUUGUCCCCAUCUUAGGUCCCAAAGCCGAGCUAUUUCCUUUGUUGAAGGCAUUUAACAAAUAG